AUGAAAUGGGCCAUGAAAUCUGUAGGUCGCCAAGCGCCGGCUUCACCUCAAGGUGGGUCUGGAAGAGCCUCAGGAGCCUCAGGAGCAUCAGCUGACGUUUUGGAUGACUACCUGACUCGCGAGCAGCUCAGGGAAAUGAUCAUCCAAGCUGGUGUUGCUGCAGAGGACGAAGAAGGUCUUCUCAACAAAAUUUUCCAAGAAAUAGACACCGGCAGGACAGGGCGAGUAGCUCGAAGAGAAUUGUGGCAAAAACUUGACCGAUUUUUGCCCAGUGGUGAAGAAGAGGCUCAGAUCGAUGCUGCCAUGCCCAUGUCUAGGCCAAGAAUGCCCAGCCCACCACGUCCUGCAACACUGCCACAGCCUGGUCGAUAUGAAAGUCCUCGAUCAGCUUCAGGAUAUCCUUUAGGUUCUCAAGCCUGGGAAUUGCUGCAUCGGAUCUACCGCCGCUUGGCGGGUCAAGAUCCCAAUGUCCCAACGAUAUCCUUGAUUGAAGAGAUUCGGCGUGAUGUGCAUGUCCGCAACGAGAGGCUCUUGGAGCGACCGGUUGUUGGGAUAGCAUUUGGGCAAGGCCCCAGUAUUUCAUUAGACGCUGCGCUGCAGCAUGUUUUGCAUCAAGUUGCAGGUGAGCGAAGCGUCUUGGAACACACCACAUGGGAGCGCUUCAACUGGCUGCUGAUUGAGGCUCAGCGCUUCUGUCAGACGGAGGUCCGAAGUCCAAGGCCGAUGGAUCCGCGGCAACCUCCGGGCCGUCCAAGAUCCCCAAGACUGGAAAGCCCGGCUCGUUCCCCAAGCCGGGAUGGAUGGUCCAGAUGGGUCCUCUCUGCAGGGGGAUCUAUGGCUGGCUGCCCGAAUCCAGAUGAGGAACCUGGAGGGGCAAUCGAGUGGGCGGCCAAAGAGCUGGGUUUCGACCGUGAGAUCCUCUACCGUUUGUUUGACAUGUUCCGGCAGGGGGCGGAAAGACCUCGACUGGUGGGCCGGGAUCGAUUCAUACAAUUGGUGCAGGCCAGUCCCAUCAGAUUACAAACUGCUCUCUUGAUGACCCCAUUGAUCUCCAGCACUAGGGUGAUCCAGCCCAUGAACUGGGGAGAUUUCCUGUGGUAUUUGUCUCAAGUUGAUGCUAUCAGUAUUUCAUGGUCAGAUAUCUUGGCCACAGCGUGUUGGUGUCGGACAGUGAGCCUUGGGUUAGCAACGGGGCAACGACAUCCCAGUCAGAUGUCCCCAAGGAUUUCAGUGGCCGAAAGCAGAGCGUGGUUGGACGAGUACAGGCGACGUGCUGAAGCACAAACGCCUACCAGGGUGUCUAGUCCCAGCAGCCCCAGCAGAAAUGCGAUUCCAUCUACCUCCUUGCCUGCUGUGCAGAAACUGGCUCCCAAGAUACCCCAGCAUGCUCAGCCCACCAAUUUCAGUGAGGGCUCUCCAUUGGCUGCGAUUGAAAAUAGUUUCGCAAGAGUGUCUGGACCCAUGCCACAGCAGAGAAUGUCGAGGCAUCCAUUCCUUCCAGAUGCUGAUGAUUUUCCGCCACACUUCAGGGGCUACUCAGACCGGAUGGGUUCGCCGCCGCCACUGGCAGAACCAUCUGGUCUGGAUUCGUGCAGCAAACGUUUGAGGUUUCAAGUCAGCAGACCCUACGAUCCAGCAGAGAAGGACAGGAUCGCAGCAGAGCUGAGAAAGAUUUUGCGUAUCGCAGCCGUUAAGUCCAUCGAUCAUGGAAGGCCUCCCAGCCCGUUGCGGCGCUCGGUGAGCCCUGAGUCCUCUGAGCCGGAACAGCUGCCGCCGGAUUCUCAAUUCUUUGGUCAGACGCCCGGGACACGGGAGGCUGAUCUGCUGAUGCGUUUCAUCAAAUUUGUUGUCCGCAAUUGUGAGGACGUGGAGGAAGUGCCCGAAAGCAAGAUGGCUCCAGUAGAGAAACCUUUGAGCAACAAGGCUCCGGUGCAUGGACGAAGCGGCACUGGAGCAGAAAAAGGCUCUUCAAAGGGGCAGAAUGGGUGGCAGAAAACGCAGCUAGAUGAAGGUAUCAUCCUUUUGAAGAAAUGGAAUGAUUCGCAGACGUCGUUCAAGGUCCGCAUCAGCAACAAGAAACUGUCGAACAUGAAGUUCACAUUGAACAUCAGUGGUUCCACCAAUCUGGAAUUUGAACGGCCUGAAGGGAGCAGAGGCACCAAUGAGUGCACAGUGGUGGCCGCGGCAGCAGCUGACACCGAUCUUUGUAAGCUUCGGGAGGUAGACACUCACAAAUCAACAAGGAUCAGCAUGUCUUAUAGCUGGGAACCGCAGAAGGUCGAGAGAAAGGAACUGGAAAAGGUGACAUCUACAGAGCGGAAAAGGCAGCAGGAACUUGCCUCUGAGCUGAAAGGCCUUGGCAUUACCGCCGAUCGGAUGACGGCUAAUGAGAUCCAGGAUGCUUGCUCUAGGGCUGGCAUCUCAAAGUUCAUCGACGCAGAUUUCAUGCCCAGGGAGACUUCGUUGUUCGAGAAAUCUGGCAGUGAUGCGCCUGUGGUCUGGAAACGUCCAGAAGACUACUGCAAAGGCCGUGUCAACAUUUUCUCCAAUGAUAUUUUACCAUCCGACAUCAAGCAGGGUGCUUUGGGCGACUGUUGGUUUCUGGCGGCGCUGGCAGCAUUGGCAGAGGAACCUGACCUAAUUCGUCGAUUAUUCGGUGAUUCCAAAGCGAACAAACAUGGCGUUUACGAGAUCAAAUGCUUCAAGAACGGGCGACCAACAUCCAUUAUCCUGGAUGACUUCCUACCUUGUUCUCCCAACACCGGUCUGCCGUGCUAUGCCCAUGUUGAUGUUGAAGGCCAGAAUCGAAACGAACUUUGGGUCAUGCUCUUGGAAAAAGCCUGGGCAAAGCUGCAUGGCUCUUACGAAAAGAUUGAAGGUGGUCAGCCGUAUCGUGCACUGAUGGAUCUGCUGGGAGUCGCGGGCAAAGAGUAUGACCUGAAGGAGGAGCAGAAGUCAGAUGGCCUCGUCUCGAAGGGAAAGUUUUUUUCCAUGCUGUGCAAAUAUGACCAGGCAGGCUAUGUGAUGGUGGCUGGCACUCGCGGCGAGGACACGUUCACCAAAGGCGACAAGUCGGAGGUCCCGUCCAUUGUCCCUGGUCACGCGUAUACACUGCUCUCCGCGUGCGAAGCCAACGGCGUGAAAUUGCUAAGACUCCGAAACCCAUGGGGCGACCAUGAGUGGACGGGUGAUUGGAGCGACAAGAGCAAACUGUGGACGAAGGCUAUGAAGGAUGCGGUGGAGCCCAAGCCCACCUUGGAUGAAAAUGACGGGGAGUUCUGGAUGUGCUAUAAGGACUUCUUGAAGUACUUUGACUCGGUGGGAGUGGCGUUCGUCAACGAUUCCUGGUCCACCUUUCGUAGCACGUUCUCCACGGACGGGACAGAUAUGUGUAGAGAGGUGGUGUCUAUCCGCAGCUCCUCACCUAUCAGGAAGGGCUUCAUUACCCUUUUCCAGCAGGACAAAAAACUGCCAGGUGCUCCUUCUUAUACAAAGAUGUCCUUCGCACUCUAUGAGCCAGUGGAGAACGGAAAACCCGAAGCGGAAGUUCUUCGCAGCCAGACCUGGGGUGUUCGAGAGCUGGUGGAGGAAAUUCCCCGCAAUAAAAGAAAGGGACUACCAGCAGGAGAAUAUUUGGUGGCAAUAUUCACUCCCGACAAGGUGUCUGACCGUCCUUUGUCUCUGGUGUUGCAGCUUGAUGUCAAAGGGCACUGCAAGGUGACCCAGAAAGACGUGGACGAUGAGAUGCGAAAAAGCCUGGCAUUGGCAAGUGCUUUAAAAGGCCAAGAGAAGCCCAUUGGUCCCGCCAAGACUCGGGGAGCUUCGCUGCCCGAUGGUGGUUAUGCCUUCGCGGCAUCGUGCGCUGAUCAAAGCAAACCUAUUGCCAUGUCUUUUGAUUUCACGCCCUGCAAGGGGCUAGCCCCCAGGGGUCACAGGACAAAGGUUGAUGUGAUCUUCGACCCAAAGGACCCUGAAGGAAUGAGACUAAUUGGUCACUUGCAGCCGACUGGGAACAAGCAGAUGUUUUCGGUGUCUACUUCGUAUCGGGCGUGAAACACUAGCGUGGCUGCGGCAAACUGGCCGGCAGCAUUCCCUUUCAAUUGCGCUUGGUCUAUGCAGGCCUUGUUUGCAACUUUCGCUGCUGCUACAACGCCGGUGCCCGUGAUGCCGUCGACGCCGUCGAACCAUGCUGUGCAGGACUACGCUGUAGAACUUUUCCUUGUAACAUACUUUGCCGUCAUCUCAUGAGCCAAGCUCUGAGUUUGAUGCAGAUGGUGAGCUGAUGCUUCCGUUCUCGGCCUAAUUUUCGCUUUGGGUGCGUUUUCUCCCUUUUAGUGUGGUGGCCACUAGUGAGAAGCAGAAGUCCCGUGCGUACUUUCAGCCAAAAGAUGCAAGGAAGAACACUGCAACUGGGUGGGCGCGCUGACACAAA